UUAAUAAAAACGUAUUAUUUUUAUUCGAUUAAUUACGGAAAUUGAAUAUUUUUUUGGAUUUUGUUACGAUGGCAAAUUCAUUACGACGUGCAGAUAUGGUGCGUGCAUUAACAGAGGCCGGCAUUGUGUUUGAUCCAGAAGCAACAAUGGUGCAAUUACGACCAUUGUAUGACGAUUUAAUUGCGGAAAUUGGGCAAAAUCGUGGAAAUAACGUGCAGCAACGUGUUCAGUUGAAUGAAUUGGGACCGGAUGGUGUACAACAGAUGCAAAAUAACCCAGACGAAACAGAUGAACAGCGACAACAACGUGAAGCUUUACAACAACAACAACAGAUGCAACAGACGCAACCAGAUGCAAAUGUAAGUGUUCACAAUCGGUUGAAUUUAGAUUGGGACGCAGAAGAAGCCGAAAUCGAUCGACAAUUGGCCAUUGUACGGAAAAAGCGUGAAUUGACGGAAUUACAACGGGAAUUGAUACAAAUCGAAACGCGAAAAAUUGAUCUACACGUGCUCGACGCAAUGGUUAAUAAAUUUGAUGGCACCGAAUUGCACGAUGUAACAAAAUGGAUCGAGAAUUUGGAAAAUGUGUUUACAAUGUUCCGUUAUGGUGAUCGCGAUAAAUUGGUUGCAACACGGCAUUUGAUGACCGGUCGUGCAAAACGUUUUGCGGAAAUUACAUCGGCAUUUGCAUACGAGCAAUUCAAGCAAGCAUUAUUGACCGAAUACGAACGUGCAUACACAGUGCAAGAUGUCUUCAGCCAAUUGAAAGCCCGUGUAAUCAAGCCAGAUGAAACACCACGUGAAUAUAUAAUCGAAAUGCGACACAUUGCAAGCCGAUCGAUGAUUCCAGAAGCCGACUUAAUUGAUUUGAUCAUCAGUGGCCUAAACGACAAAAGUGUGCAUGCAUCAAUUCUGUACGGUGCUCGUACAUUAGCCGACUUGAAAUUGUUGACAGAACGUUAUGAAAAAUUGCGUCGUGUCACAGUGCAACCAAAAACAAGUGCCAUACCAGCUGCAAUGACGAAGCCAAAGUCAAACGUGCCAGAUGCCAGUGCAAAUACACGUGCCUUUGCAAGUGCCAGUGCCAAUGCAACAAAAAGCGUUGGUGAAAUUGAUUUGUCGGGAAUUCGUUGCUACAAUUGUUUCAAUUAUGGUCAUUACCAGAGCAAGUGCACGGCUCCAAAACGGCCGCCAAACUCGUGUUUCAUAUGCCAUGAGGGUGGACAUACGCGUCAUGAAUGUCCGAAAAAGAAGAAGCCAGAAGCCAGAGAACCAAAUACAGUUGCAUCGGUUGGAAAUCCGCCACCAGAAACAAACUAUCAAGACAAUUGGGACAUUUCGGAAAAUGGGAAUGAGGUGCGCCGUCUAGCAACGCAGUUGUCAUCGAUGCAAAUGCCCCGUUAGUUUUGUGCGACGUUCGAUGGUACCAUUUGCGAUGAAUAAAUUAAAAUGUACACCGUAUCGUGGAAUGGGCAAUAAAAAAU